AUGAGAAUACUCGGAGAGACGGGGUUGCUGCCUAUGGCCGAGUAUGGAAUAGACAGCCCGGGACGUGACCAUCUGGGAGACAGAACUCGUUGGGUUGUGAACCGUGGAAACGGCGAUCCAACGGGAUGUGACUGUCUGGGAGAUGGAACUCGGGCCGUGGCCAAGAGGGUCGAGCUCGCGGGACGGGCUGACCUGGACUGUGAUGUGUUCUUCGUCCGGGACGGCCUAUCCAGCAAACCUCGGCAAAUUGUGACGCUCACCGGCUUUGUCUAUGUGUUUAGAUCGAGUCGGGGGUGUUACAAAUGGUGGUAUCAGAGCAUGGUUCAUGAUCAUGCUUCAUGGGACUCAGUUUUCAAAGCAUUUUCUCGAGUCAAAAUGAGUCGCAAAGGCAAUUAG